AUGGCGCAGCGCUGCGAGGUACUCGGCGACGGAGUCUCCGGGAUCCUGGUCACGCAAGUGGAAUUCCAGGCUUUGGGCCAUCUGAGUGGGCUGUGGAGCGAACCGGUCACUGUGAAUGGCGGAACGAGAGUGAGUCAGCAGCAAGGAGUGACGAUGGCCCCUGGAGAGAAGGUUCACGUUCAGCCUGUGAGAGGCAAACACCUGAAGCUGUUGAAGGGCCCGCUUCAUCCCAGGCCUCACAUUGUCUUCAGGACUCCCUGGAACCACACAUCAGGACUGACAGGAAGAAAGCUUCCCUCCCGAGUCCGGAAAGGGGCUGAGCUGAAUGUGAAACACUUGGAGCUGCUUGUUGUGGUGGGGCCAGAUGUCUUCCAGUUCCAUAAAGAAGACACCGAGAGAUACAUCCUCACCAAUCUGAACAUUGGUGCUGAAUUGCUCCGAGAUGGCUCGCUGGGAGCUCAGUUGAGGAUUCACCUGAUCCGAAUGAUCAUCCUCACAGAGCCGGAGGAAGGCAUCACCAUCACCACCAACCUCACUUCCUCGAUCGUCAGCGUUUGUGGCUGGGCCAGGCAGAUCAACCCCGGGAAUGACUCAGAUCCCAACCAUGCGGAUCUUGUUCUCUAUGUGACCAGGUUCGACCUAGAGUUACCAGAUGGGGACAACCAGGUACGGGGCGUCACACAGCUUGGUGGGGUCUGCUCCACCUUCUGGAACUGCAUCAUCACUGAGGACACUGGGUUUGACCUGGGAGUCACCAUUGCUCAUGAGAUCGCACACAGCUUUGGGAUCCAGCAUGAUGGAGAAGGGAACCCGUGUUCUGGGAGUGGACACAUUAUGGGCUCUGAGGGAGCUCUCAACAGCGUGGAUCUAAUGUGGUCUGCAUGUAGCAGAGAACAGCUCCUCGCCUUUGUCAGUACAGGCCAAGCAGACUGCGUGAAUGACCUGCCGGACCUCAAGGACAGCAUCCCAGGAGGAAAGCCUGGCCUGUAUUAUGGGGCAGACGAGCAGUGCAGGAUAGCCUUUGGGAGCGGAGCCGCUGCCUGCGCUUUUGGCAGGAAUGACAUUGAUAUGUGUGGAGUUCUCUCUUGUCACACAAACGCCGCCGACCUGGCUAGCUGCACACGGCUCCUCGUCCCCCUCCUGGAUGGAACUGAAUGUGGGAUCCACAAGUGGUGCUUCAAAGGCCGCUGUAAUGCCCUGGAAGACCUGAAUCCCAUUGCUGCGGUCCACGGGCAUUGGUCCAGUUGGACUUCUUUCACGGCAUGCUCCCGCAGCUGUGGAGGGGGAGUUGUGGCUCGAAGACGGCAGUGCAACAACCCCAGGCCUGCUUUUGGUGGGCAUCCAUGUGAGGGAGAAGACUUGCAAGCCCAAAUGUGUAACUUGCAGCCCUGCCUGACGACCCAACUGGGUUUCAUGGAUGAACAAUGCAGUGCUACAGAUCCGAAGCCCCUUUACCUCAGUCCGGAGUUCCAGUCCUUUUACAAGUGGAUUUCAGCUGCUAGUUAUGCCAAAGGAGACCUGCUGUGCAAACAUGUGUGCAGGGCACACGGGAAGAAUUUUAUGGUGAGUCGAGGAGACCGGUUCAUAGAUGGGACAAGGUGUGAGCGGAGCGUCUGGGGAGAUGAGGAGGCGCGCGGCCUGUGUGUGUGGGGCGCCUGCAUGGCUUUUGGGUGCGAUGGCAGGAUGGAUUCUGGGAAGAAGACGGAUGCCUGCAGGGUGUGUGGUGGAGACAACUCUACAUGUUUCAGCGUGAAGGGCUCAUACACAGAAGGGAAAGCCAGAGAAUAUGUUACUUUUCUGGCGCUUUCUCGUAACACCACCACAGUCCGUGUGGUUAAUCAGAAUCCACUCUUCACUCACCUGGCUGUGAAGGUCCGAGGGCAGUACGUGGUGGCUGGGGCUGGCAGCAUCUCUUUGAACGUCACUUACCCCUCUGUCCUGGAGGACAACCAGCUAGAAUACAAGGUCUUUCUUAUGGAGGACAACCUGCCUAGCUCAGAGGAAGUUCGCAUGGAUGGACCAGUGCAGGAGGAUGUAGAGAUACAGGUUUAUAGGCGAUAUGGGAAGGAAUAUGGGAGCAUCACCAGCCCAGACAUUGCCUUCAGCUACUUUCAACCAAAUAAGAAACAGGAAUUCACUUGGGCUUCCCGGCUCGGACCGUGCUCCGUGAGCUGUGGGGAAGGGAUGCGGCAAGUUGAUCAUUCCUGCUUUGACCAGACAAGAGGUGAAAUGACCAGUGACCUGCGUUGUCUGCAAACUCCUCAACCCCCUGCCAGGCAGGAGUCUUGUUCCCUGGCGCCCUGCCCGCCUCAGCCUAGUAAUUGCUGUUUCUUCCCAUCCAGAUGGAAGGCAUCUGAGCCAGGCAAGUGCUCUGCGCUUUGUGGCUUAGGAAUUGCCCCACGGAAUUUGUCCUGCAUCCAGGUUCGUGGUGGCCUGGAAACCGUCGUGGAGGAUGCCCUGUGCCCAGCAGAGAAGAAGCCCCUCGCCUUUGUCUCUUGCACAGUGAACGUCUGCCCUUUGGGAUGGAACAGGGAGAAAGACGUGCCCCCCCUGGAGUCUUCUGUCCCCCUUUGGCCUCAUCAAAACAGCAAUCAAUCAAUAUAUGUCUGGAGCCCUUUGGCUGGAGAAUGCCCUGUCAGCUGUGGAGGAGGCUCAAUUUUGUUGCGCUAUGUCUGUCUUGACUUUGAUACCAAAGAAGAAAUUGAGGAGGAAUAUUGUGACCAGGCACUGAAGCCGGAGAGUCAGGUGGAAACCUGUAAUCCUUUGCCAUGUCCACCAAGGUGGUUUCGCAAACAGGGCCCUUGCAGUGUGAGCUGCGGGGGAGGCGUGAUGCGCUGCAUCCUGUACUGUGCACGGGAGACGGGGGAGAAACAGGAGGAAGACAUCCUGCCAGACAUACACUGCAAGGACUUGCCUCGCCCCAAGGAACAGGAAGCGUGUAACCUGCAGGCGUGUCCCCCGAGGUGGAAAGUGGCAGGUCUCGGCCCAUGUUCCUCCUCCUGCGGGCUUGGGGAAACCAUCCAGACCAUUAUUUGUGUACAGUUUUCCGGAGGCCAAGAGACUGAAGUAGCAAGCAUUGCUUGCCCGGAAGCAGAGAAGCCCCUUUCCAGCAUCCCCUGUGUCAUCCGGAUGUGCUCUUACGAGUGGCGAUUCACCAAAUGGACAGAGGCACGACAAGAUUUCUGCGUCAAUGCCCAAACGGGAGCUCGCGUGAACCCUGCCCUGUGCAUGCAUUCCCCCAAGCCUGUGACGGUGAGAAGCUGCUCCCUGGGCCCCUGCCUUGAACGAGGCGUCUGUGGGAGGCUGUUCCUCAAUUCCACCGGCUUGAUCAACAUGACCGGCUUGCAAGCCAGCGGUUGCACCGUUGCCAUUGGCCGCCCCUUAGGAGAGGUGGUGACAGUCCAGGUGCUGGAGAGCUCCCUCAACUGCAGCGCAGGAGAGCUGGUGGUGUUUUUGGGCCGGAUGAUGUGGCGGACAGGCUGCAAGAGGUUGACAAUGUCGGUUAUCAACACCCGCACAAACACCCUGAUGGUGAGACAGCGCCUCCUGCUGCCUGGCAACGGAGUGGUCCUUCAGUACAGCAGCACAGUGGCUAGGAAGAAAUACCACCAAGACUGCGAUGUGCAGCUCUUUGGUCCUCGAGGAGAAAUAGCAAACCCUUCACCGUCAGCUGGCGUGGACCUGCAAGCAACAUGCAGGAUCUUCAUUGACGUGGCUCCUCGAUACCGCAUAGCCAUCCAUGCUGUACAUGUGGAUGUGAGCGCCCAGGCCAACCAAAUGCAGUCCCAUUACAUCUUGAUUCGAGACGUGAACACCAUGAAGACUUCUGUCUUCUCUGGAAACCAGCUGUUUUACUGGCAAUCGACCGGGAACCGGGCAGAGAUUGAAUUUAACAAAGACUUUGCUGGUAUCCGUUUCCGAGCAAAGUACUGGAUUGUGGAACCCGAGUAA